AUGAUUUUGCCAUUUAAGAUACCGACCGUCAUCAAAUGUCUAUGGGCUGCCAUCAGCAAAUCCUUACACGUAUACUCACAUGUAAAACUUUUCUUUCUUUCUUUCUUUCUUUUUCUCCUGGACUCCAUACUGAUAGUAGUCUGUUUUUUGUUCUUUAGAAAAAGCAUUUCUUCCUUUCUUUCUCUCCCUGGACUUCAUAAAGAAUCAUUCAUUUCUUUAUACUCUUUCUUCCUGGACUCCAUGAAGUCCUUGGUGUGUCUUUUGCUCUUCUUAAAAGCCAUUAAUUUCUUUCUUUCUUUCUUUCUUUCCGGCUGGACUCCAUACAGACAUUGGUUUGUCUUUUCUUUUAGAAAAUCCUCUUUCUCCAGUACACUGUUAAUCAGCGGCCUGCACUAUCAUCUCCAUAUUCUCUUCAGAGUUCUCCUUCUCCUUUUCUCUUUACCCCUUAAACACCAUGAUCAGAACACACCUGCCACCAUCUUACUCCAUCACUUUCUAUUCGUUCACAACUAUCAAUCAAUCACUUUCUGUUCGUUCACAUCUAUCAAUCAAUCACUUUCUAUUCGUUCACAUCUAUCAAUUAAUCACUUUCUAUUUGUUCACAUCUAUCAAUCAAUCACAUUCUAUUUGUUCACAUCUAUCAAUCAAUCACAUUCUAUUUGUUCACAUCUAUCAAUCACUUUCUGUUCAUUAACACCUAUCAAUCAUUUUCUGUUCGUUAACACCUAUCAAUCAAUCACUUUCUAUUCGUUCGUAUUUAUCAAUCAACCACUUUCUAUUCGUUCGUAUCUAUCAAGCAACCACUUUCUAUUCGUUCACAUCCAUCAAUCAACCACUUUCUAUUCGUUCACAUCCAUCAAUCAACCACUUUCUAUUCGUUCACAUCCAUCAAUCAAUCACUUUCUAUUCGUUCACAUCCAUCAAUCACUUUCUAUUCGUUCAUAUCUAUUUCUAAAGAAGUGA